AUGAAGUGGGCUUACAAAGAGGAGAAUAAUUUCGAGAAGAGACGUGCUGAAGGAGACAAAAUCAGAAGGAAAUAUCCGGACAGAAUUCCCGUGAUUGUCGAAAGAGCUCCGAAAUCUCGCCUCCGAGACCUCGACAAGAAGAAGUACCUUGUGCCGUCUGACCUUACUGUUGGACAGUUUUAUUUCUUAAUCAGAAAAAGGAUUCAUCUUCGACCUGAAGAUGCGUUAUUUUUCUUCGUGAAUAACGUAAUUCCUCAGACUAUGACUACGAUGGGUCAGCUGUAUCAGGAUCACCACGAAGAGGAUCUGUUCUUGUACAUUGCAUACAGCGACGAAAGUGUCUACGGAGGCAACUAG